AGAUAGAGAGGAGAGGAGAGAGAAGGUGUCCUACUCCCCCUGACCUACCCCCAGCCUCCCAACGUCACAGUCUGAGAAAGACAAAACAAGCUACCAGUCAGCUGGGCUCCUCACUCCGCACGCUCAUCCAUACACUCUCAAACCCACUCACUCACUCACGCCCACAAACCCAGACAUAUACAGUCAGCACACACUCGCCUCGGCUCUCAGAUCUCAUCCACCCGUCGGUGUGUGUGAAUGAGUCCCUGUGCAACACGCUGAGAAUCACUCCCUCACACACUACGUCCGUCACUGGCUCCUUGGCUCUGACCGGAGAGGAGGAUUCUCCUGUAUGGCCUGUGACUCUCUGCUCUAACUGAAGACUACCACACAACACAGAGCAGAGAGACAGGGAAGAGGAGAGGGAGAGAAACGCUACCCCCUGAGAAAACAAAAAACAGCCUGACGGUGCAGCAGCAGCAGCAGCAGUAGAAGAAGCCUUUGUCUUGUCCAGCUUGGUCCACAUGAUCCCCCCAGUAGAAAGAAGAGAACAGAAGAGAGGAGAGGAGCAGCUCUGAGCACUGACACAUUGACCUACUCUAGCAGGAAGAGAACAACGUUUGCUGUUUGCUGUGUUUCCCUGUGUGGAUUCAGAUUCAGUACUUGGACAGCUCCGGAGCGCUCCGCUCUCCAACACAUUCCUGUAGUAGAGUAUAGUAUAUGUGAAGUCUCCCUCGUCGAGACCCCAUUCCCAGGGGCAGCCCUGGACCCCCAGCCCCAGCCACCCUUGGCUCGCUCCCUGGCUCCCUGCACCCCUCUCCCCCUGGGGACAGCAGACAGCAUGGCCAGCCUGGAGCACCAGUGGGAGAAGCAGCUCUUUGAGAAGUUCUGGAAGGGGACGUUUAAGGCUGUGGCCACACCGAGACCAGGGAGCAUCAUCGUGGCUAGCAUCACCGCACGGAGGAGGGUAAUCAGCACUGAGACAACAACCUGCCAGCCACUCAAGGCUGAUGAGGGGAAUGCCGAGGCAGCAGACAUCAAGUUGGACACAACCACAGACAGAAAUGGAUGCAUUAGAGACAUGGGAAGACGCAAACAUGGCAGCUAUCAUCGGACGCGGAGUGUGUUGUUUGAUGACGAUCUUUCCCCUCGGCCCCACACUUCCAAGGGGAAGAAGAAGAGGAGGAAAUCGGAGCGAAAGAGGAAGAGGGAAAGGUCUCCGUACUACAGUCUGUCUCCGGUGCGGAAGAAGAAAAAGAAGAAGAAGAAGAAGAGCUCUAAGAAAAGCAAACGCCACAGAGACACCUCUAAAAAGACAAAGCACAGCUCUUCUAGUUUGAAACAUAAGAGGAAGGAUGAUCGAAAGCACAAAAAAAGCUCACGGAGGCACAUGCACCGGAGGCGACGCUACCGGAGGUCGGAGUCUGAGAGUUCCACCUGGUGCUCCUCCAGCACCGAGAGCAGACGUCAUCUGCACAAAUCAGUGGAUCACCCUGCAUUGGGAGGCCUAGCAGCCCUGAUGGAAGACCCUGGUACAUCACUGGACCACGGAGGGUUUGAGUGGGAGCCGGCUGCCAAGUCAGUGUGUAAAACAACUCCAAUCUUUCGCUCCGUCCUUUCUACCAGCACCGUCUUGCAGUCAAAACCUGGCGGUGAGGUUUUAAACACAACAGUGAUUCUCCGUCACACUUUGACCAAUCAGAGCAAAGGACCACAGGAUUACGAUUCCGGGAACGACACGUCUUCCCCACCAUCGACCAAAACCGGCAUUUCACAGUCAAACGUCAUCGGCAACAAAAAGGUCCUACGCCUUGCGCCGGCUUCACCGGAGAAACUGAAGUUCAGGGACGGAGACAACGCGUCCGACUCUGGGAACUCUGUGACCAGCUAUGCUUCCCUGUGUAAACCUCUGCAUGUGGAAGGUGGUUUGUCUACUGCUACUUUCAACGGGAACGACAAGAGUGAGCCGGUGAAGACUUCAGGAUGUGGGGCCAAGGUGGGGAGACCUCAGAAGACUGCCUCCAUCUCUCCAUUGAGGACGGUGGCCUCUUCACGUAAGAGGACUAAAGCCAACUCCUCCAGCAGCAGCAGCAGAAGCAGGAGUAGAUCCUCUGGGAGCUGCAGACACUCUGGACGCUACUCUCGAAGCCGAUCACUGUCAUCUGCCAGGUCAUACUCCCGUUCACCGAGCUACUCAGCUGGUUUGAGAAGGAAAGGAAGUGUAGGCAUUGGUAGGUCCAGAGGAAGAUACUCCAGGAACAGCGAAGACAGGGUUCGAGAGAGGAAGAGGGACCCCAGCUCCUGUGAGAAGGAUGUGAAACACGGCAGUCGGAAGCAUAGCGGGAAGAGGCAAAAACCCAGGUCCUACUCUCCCAUGAGAAAAAGGAGGAGAGAUUCACCCAGUCACCUGGAAGCCAGGAGGAUAACCAGUGCCAGGAAGAGACCCAUCCCCUACUUUCGUCCCAGUCCUUCAUCCAGCAGUCGCUCUACCAGCGUAUCCUCUUGGAGCAGCCUCUUCACAAGGAGCCGCAGCCCCAGCCCCAGUCCUGGCCUCUGCCGAUCCAGAAGUAGGAGUUACUCCUCCUACAGGAGCUACAGCCGCAGCUCGUCUUGGAACUCCAUCUUUGGGAGUCGGAGCCGGAGUCGGAGCUAUGACUCGUUGGUUGGUUACAGCAAGAACAAGAACCGGCGCUGAAUUAUAAAACACAAUGAAGAAGAGGAGACUGACUUAGCAACAGACUGAGUUAGCAACAGACUGAGGAGGAGACUGCACUAUGAUUCCACAAGUCAACAGGAGAACAGCAAAACUAUGGGGACAUGUUUUCAUCUCUUUGCAUCAUUUCAUGUUAGAUCUCUGAGCCAGAACCUUCAAGCAAUUGUUUUACGAUACACUGAAUUCCUUGGCAGAUGAAUUACCAUUUGAAUUGUAGCAGUGCUAUUCACAUUGCCCAGACAGAAACAACUGGAAAUAGAUUGAUUGAAUUGAAUUGAUUGAUUGAAUUUUGUCUUUGGUUCAUUUUUGUCCAUCCCCAGUGUAUUUGCAAUGUCCAGAGACAGUUUUUUCUUGUGACACUCUUCCUCUGACGUCCAUGAGUGAAAUGAAGGAUGAAGGAGCACCAUUCAUUUUUACCCUCUGAUAAACUCUUCAUUUUAUAACUCUUAAGUUUAAUUUAUGAUCUGGGAUGUAUUUUGGGACAAUUUCAGUAGGUUUGUGAAUGUGUGUAUUUUCAAAUGGCGUGUUUUCCAGGAACGUAGGAUAAGGUGUGUUGCUUCUCUGAUCCCAGCUCUUCAGAAGGUAGAACACAAACAUGCCUCCUCUGAGAAAUGGAGGAGGAGGAGGAGGAGGAGGAGGAGGAGGGAGGAGGAGGUGGUCCCGGUGGCAAACAAACUGCUUGUCAGCUCAAAUGCCAGUUUUAUUUAUCCUCUGAUCAAGUGGAAACCAUUUGAAAUGUCAUUCCUUGUAAAAUGAUGGUGAAUUAACAAAUCAGUCUGCAGAAGGCCAGGACUGAGAAAGGGGUUUGUCAUGAUCCAGAAAUCCUGAAAAUGUCCAGGAAAGCAUUAUUUUCCCUAACAACCCCUAGUGACACUGAACAAUUUGGAUAUCUAAAUUGCAACACCUGGGGUAGGGGUUAAAUGACAAUUUAAACACUGAUUAAUAUUUAGGUUGUCAGAUUUUUUUCAUUCAUCUUGAUGGUUAUCUAUUAAUGCAUUUAUUUAUGGUUGAUCUUUAUGAGUUCUAUGUGUUCUAUUCCUUUGACUAAAACUUGAAUAAGAGAGUGUUGAAAUGUUUUACUUUUCCUUUUGACAGAGCGGAAACUCAACAUUGGAUGAAUCUACUAUUUUGUAUAACGGUCUGAAAUAGCACUGUAACAUAAUUUUCUUGAAUUGAAUGAGUUUGGCAUUUCAGAAUCUCAUCGGUCUUGUUUUGUUGUCUGUCCGAAGGUCAAGUUUAAAAAAAAUUGUUUGUGUCACACAUACUUGUAAUGUGUUUACAAUCAUAUUUCUGCAUUUGUGUCACCUCUCAGUAAUGCUAUCUGUUUGUUUCUAUGCAACACCAUUAUGUCACUGGGGUUCUACUAUGUCUAUGAUGUAAUGUUAUGGUCUGAAUGAAGAAAGUUCCAGUUUAAACUCUAGCAACAGUCUGAAUGCCAGUCUGUUUGUGCUUUCACGCCAACUCAAUGUCACCCAUUGAAAGUAAUGGAGUUGGCAAGAGACCAAACAAAUCUGGGACCAGGCUACAAUAAACAAUGUAAUGGCAUAUAGAUUCAGACAACACUACUUAACUUUUUGUGAAAUGUUACUUUCAACUAUUCCCCUCUUCUCUUUUGAGGGGAAUGCUAUUUUCUUCAGAGGAUGUCCUAUAAAAAGCCACAACCGAGACUACAGAAAAAAGGAAAGAGGAAACAAAGCUUGUGUGUCAGAGAAGACAACCCCAACCAUGACUUUUAGCCUCAAUGAAUAGUCUACUGUAUUUGUUAAAUGAUAUAUUAUGUGGGCUCGUAGUGCACUGUUUGAAUAACAUUAGCAUUUAGAACUGCUGUUCCUGCCCGUACUGUAUAUCAUUGAAAUGGUUUUAUUUCUCUAAUCUGUCACCUUGUAUAUCUUCGUUCAGUAUGUGCUCCAGGCAAGAGGGUCUGUUCUCUAUGCAUUGUACUGUAUAAUCAUCUGAGGUCCUUUAUCUGAAUGUUCAACGACUUGUCCAAAAGUAUAGAGAUAUUGGGAGGAAGAUGACAAGUAUUUUACAUAGUAAUUAUGCUUUUGAGGUGAACCACUCUCCCUUGUGGCCCUAAUAUACCAUUCCAUGAGGUAAAAUGUAUAUGAAUAUGUAAUUACUGUGAUGUAAAUAUGCAUCGGCACUGUAUACAUUAAUUAUGAGAGAUGAAGUAUAAUUCAUUUAGAAUUUGUGGAAUAGUCAAUCAAAUGAUCAAUGCAUCUACACAUGUACUGGUAUGGUAACAUUUCUCACAUGUACUGUGUGUAGAUACAUUGCCUCACUGUUGUCAACUCAGCUGUAAGCUCUCUGAUUUUCCAUCACCAUUACUAGGCUAUAUAAUGUGUUUCUAUAAUGGCCAUUGAACUACUACUGAAAGAAAAAUAAUUGAGUAUCAAGGCACAAGGCGAGACCCAGAUGCAGACACAGGAGGCAGAUGGUUGGAGUCUGACAAUGUUUACUAAUCCAAAGGGAGUAGGCAAGAGAAUGGUCGUGGACAGGCAAAAAGGUCAAAACCAGGAGGUACAGAGUGGCAGACAGGCUCGUGGUCAAGGCAGGCAGAAUGGUCAGGCAGGUGGGUACAGAGUCCAGAAACAGGCAAGGGUCAAAACCCGGGAAGAUUAGAAAAAGGAGAAUAGCAAAAAGUAGGCGACCGGGGAAACCGCUGGUUGACUUGGAACAUACAAGACGAACUGGCACAGAGAGACAGGAAACACAGGGAUAAAUACACUGGGGAAAACAAGUGACACCUGGAGGGGGUGGAGACAAUAACGAGGACAGAUGAAACAGAUCAGGGUGUGACAGUGUGCCAGGAAAACAUUUGGGAAACUGGGGGAAAUUGAGAAAUAUUGGAAACUAUAUCAGUGGGUUUUAGAGGUCUUUGUGCUUGAACUCCAUCCCUGAUCAUGUUGAAAACAGAAGGUUAAAUAACAAGGUGCAUGAUAAGACUGAUGCUCCAGUGUGUUAAAUGAAGCAGUCUCUCAUUUUCUCUGUGAACGAGCAAUAAUGUGGAGAUGGAGAGCUAGGAUGCGGUUUCCCACUGGCACACAGCAUGGUGUCAGUGUGAGCUUGACUUGUAAUGCUUCAGCUGAAAUCAGAUUGUCCUCCCCUUGAACCCUUAAAAUAAACCCUUAUCCCUCCCCAUA